AUGGGGAUGCGUGGAAACAUUCUAAAGAGCUACUUCACCCACAACGGUCGCGACAGAAGUACCGAACCCUCGGCAAGUGGAUCUACAGCCGUUAUUCUUCCGCUUGACAUCUUGGAAAUUACGACGGAAUCCCUGUUUGGAAAAUCUACCAAUAGCGUCGAAUCUAGUGUAUUGAAUAAGGGCGAGAAGUUUGCGGAGGACUUCGAUACGGCUCAGAGCUAUGUUAUUCAACGCUUCCGGCUGCUAGACUUCUACUGGUUGAUCAGUGGCCCUGACUUUUGGCGUGCUUGUGCCUCUGUCCAUCAGUUGAUUGAGGAGAUGAUCGACGCUGGCGUUGGAGAUAUUCUGGCGACCUCCGAACCGAACAAGUAA